AUGACUUCCCACACAUUUCGUUUCUCAUGCGUUUACGUUCUCACUAUUUUUACAUUCUUUCAUUGUUCUUUAUGUAUCGAAUACGAGAAAACCGCACUUCUGGAGUUCAAGAAAGACCUCAUCGAUGAUGCCAACCUCCUCUCUUCCUGGAACAGUAGCAACGGAGAUUGCUGCAAAUGGUACGGCAUAACCUGCAACAACCAAACGGGUCGGGUUACCGAGAUCCGACUUCGUGGGCCAGACGACAUGGCUGAUUUUGACAACCAAGAAGCAUCGGUACAGAAGCUCGGAGGAAAACUCAACCCCUCCUUGCGGAAUUUGACCUCGCUCGAGUAUCUAGACUUGAGUUCUAACGAUUUUGGUGGGAACCCGAUUCCGACCUACAUCGGGUCGCUCCGAAACUUGACGUAUCUGAAUCUUUCAGACUCAAGUUUUUCCGGGGAGAUACCGACUCAACUCGGGAACCUAUCGGCAUUACGUGUGCUCAGUGUCCACCGGAAUCUUUAUAGUGACGACCAGUAUGAGCUGAGGGUGGAGAGUUUGCGGUGGUUGUCGGGUGUUUCACGGUUGCGCCACCUUGACCUGAGCGGAGUUGAGGUCGGCCAAGUGUUCGAUUGGUCACAGGUGACUCGAACCCUCCUCCCUUCUUCUCUUGAACAACUGCAUUUAUCGAAUUGUGGACUUCCUCCUAUCACGCCUAAUUUAACCAUUAAUCUUAGUUCGCUUUCAGUGCUUGAUCUUUCUUUUAACAAUUUCAGUACUAACUCCAUACCUAGUUGGAUUUCUAGUUUUCGGAGUCUUGUUUCCUUAAACCUUGCUAAUUGUGAAUUCAAAGGUUCGGUUCCUCCUGGUCUUAUGAACAUCAAUUCCCUUACUACCCUUGAUUUAUCAAAUAAUCAACUCACGAGUAUCCAAACUACGCCAGAAACCAUCUGUAACUUGAGGGAAAUCAAUCUUUCGUGGAACAAAUUUGAUGGGAAAAAUCUAUCGGAGGUCCUCUCAAGUUGGUUCCAAUGCGAAUCAUCUAAACUCGAGUCUCUAAGGUUUGUCGGGAGUGGGCUUUCUGGUAAUUUACCACCACAACUCGGAAAUCUGAAGAACUUGGUUCAUAUCGAUCUUAACAAGAAUUCCAUUUCAGGGUCAAUUCCAGAUUCUUUAGGAAAUUUAUCAUCUUUACAAACCCUACAACUCGCGUUUAAUUCCAUUUCAGGAACACUUCCUGACUCCAUAGGAAGAUUAACAACAUUGGUAACGAUGUAUCUUUCUUCCAAUUUGAUUUCUGGCCCAUUGCCCGAUUCUUUAGGAAGAUUGUCAUCAUUGGCGGACUUAGAUCUUUCGUAUAAUGAAAUCAAUGGAACUCUUCCUCAAAGUAUUGGCCAACUUACGAACCUAACAAGCCUAAACAUCGAACACAACUUUUUAAGAGGUGUUGUAACUGAAGAUCAUUUUGCUAAUCUCACAAGCCUAAUCACUUUACGAGCAAGUGCAAAUACGUUAAGAUUCGAGUUAUUAGAUAAUAACUGGGAACCACCUUUUCAACUCCAAAUAUUGAACUUCAAUUCAUGGAGUUUAGGCCCAAAUUUCCCUCAUUGGCUUCAAAACCAGACGGAUCUGCUCAUCUUGUAUCUUGCAAGCACCGGGAUUUCGGAUGACAUUCCUAGUUGGUUCUGGAAUUCGUUUUCGGGUUUGCAGUAUUUGAAUAUCUCAGAUAAUAAUUUCUCAUCGAUGUCUGUGGAUGAUUUCUUUUGUUCUAAUGAAGAACAGAAACAGGUUAUAUACUUGAAUAUGGGGAAUGCUAAUAUUUCAGGUGUUCUUCCUGAUUGCUUUUCAACCUGGGAGUUUCUGAAUAUCUUCAGCAUCCAGAACAAUAAUCUCUCCGGCAAACUUCCAAUAUCUUUGGCGAAUUUAUCAUCUUUAGAGUCGUUAAACAUGCGGAACAACAAGCUCUCAGGAGAAUUACCUGUAAAUCUAAUGAAUUCCAAGAGUUUACUCAUCAUUGACCUCACUGAAAACGAAUUCACCGGAAGUAUACCGAUACCGAUACCAAUCGGUGAUGAAGCUACAACUUUGAGGCUUCUCAACCUCCGUUCAAACAGAUUCGAUGGUGAAAUCCCGGAUGAAAUCUGUAGAAUUGAUUCUAUCCAGAUUCUAGACCUUGCUGACAACAAUCUUUCUGGAAGAAUACCAAACUGUUUCAACAAUUUUAGUGUCAUGACCGGAAAAGUUGAGCCAAGUCAGAUGGUGGGGCUCGCCAGAGAUGAAUUUAGGGGAAAUGCUUGGUUGAUGAUGAAGGGGAGGGUGAAUGGGUAUGGCAGCAUUCUUGGUUUAGUGACGAUUUUGGAUCUUUCGGGAAACGAUUUAUCCGGGGAUAUUCCGAUUGAAAUUACACAGCUCGUGGAGUUAAGAUCGUUGAAUCUUUCAGUUAAUGGUUUGACUGGAAAGAUCCCGGUGAAUAUGGGUGACAUGAAGAUGUUGGAAGCUCUUGAUUUGUCUCGGAAUCGGCUUGAUGGGAUUGUUCCUUUAAGCAUGUCAAGAUUGAGUUUCUUGAAUUCGUUGAAUUUAUCUUACAAUGAAUUGACAGGAAGAAUUCCGUUGAGUGGUCAGCUUCAGACCUUUGAGGAAUGGAGCUUUGUUGGGAACGGACUGUGUGGACCUCCGGUGAGAUUAAUGUGUGAAAGGCAGGGUGAGGGUGAGGGUGAUGCCGGUGAAGAAGAAGAAGAAGAAGGUGACGGUGGCUCCGAUGGCCCAGAGUGGGGACUUAUUACAAGCAUAGUGGUGGGGUUUGUGGUUGGAUUUUGGGUUGUGGUGGGUCCAUUGAUUGGUAGCAACUCAUGGAGGACCAAGUAUUUUGAGUUUCUUUAUGAUAUUUGGUGUAAGUUUUGUGUUUGCAUGCCCAAAAAGAAAAACUCUUCCAACAAGAGGUUUCAUAGAUAG